AUGCAUUUACAUGAGGAGGGAAGAAUAUCUAUGCUUAAUCUUUUAGGAUUUCAUGAUAAAAAUAAUGUGAAGUUUCUUCGUUCUAUUAUUAAUGCAAAAUUUUCUACAAUAUUUAAAGAUACUAGAAAAACUUAUGCUGCUAUAAACAAAGAUGAUAUUACAUUAUCAUCUAAUUCAACUAGUAAUAUUAUGUCAGAUAUGACAGUAUCACAAGAAG